AUAAUCACAUUAUUGCCAUUUCAAAGGGUAAAUACCGUUACUCGCCUAUGAACCAAAUAUACAAUGUGCAAUGCAUUGCACUAUUGCGUAAAAGUUCCUUAAUCCUGAUCACAGUAGUCCUGUGGUGUUGUAGCGCUUCGGUUGUGUCACUGUCAACGCUCUCUGCUGUUUAUGUGCGAAAUGUUCUGUAGUAAAGUCGAGGCUGGAUUGAAGUUGCAGCAUUUGGCUGCGAAGUGCAAAGAAAAGUGUCUAGAGCCAAAAUCUUUCAGCUGUGUGCAGAAAGUUUUGUGUGAAAAUGAAAGUGAAAAUUCGAGUAGUAGAUGGAAACUUUUAAAAUUUUGCUUUAUUUUUACUAUGCUCGCCUGUGGAUAUAAUUAUUUCUGCAGUGAGAUGUCAUCAAAGCGCUGCCUACUAAAGUUGCCAAGGACACUCCGAUAUGCUUUUCGACCUCCUGAAGACUGCAGCUUUUGUGAUAAAAUAGAAAAUGCAAUUCGUUUACGGGGCAUAACAAGUGAGGAAUUCGCUUCAAGAUAUGCCUAUGGAGGAGGGCCCGUGAUAGUGGAGGAUGCCACAAAGAAUUGGACAGCACCAACCAAGUUCAAUUAUUGGUACUUUCGCGAUACUUAUUUUAAUGCGAAACGCAAACAAAAAAUACUCGAUUGCCAAUUUCUACCCUACAAGACGGGCUUCAACGACCUUUUCAAAGCGUUAGGUAUGCCUAAAAACCGCGUGGAGUUGCAGUCCGGUUAUCAGCCGUGGUACUUUGGCUGGAGUAAUUGUAAUCCUGAAACGGCUGAGGAAUUUCGCAAGCAUUAUGGGCGCCCAUACUUUCUCCCACCCACAUCUGAAAACAAUGCGGUAGAUUGGUUCUUCAUCGGCACAGCUGGAUUGGGUGCACACAUGCACAUCGACAACGUACGAUUACCGUCAUGGCAAGCACAGCUUUCUGGCAGCAAACGUUGGCUACUCGCACCGCCACCAGAAUGCUACUUUACAUGCAAACGCUUCGACACCAUCGUUCGAAAGGGCGACAUAAUUGUUUUGGAUACCAACAAGUGGUACCACCAGACAUUCGUGCAACCGGGCGAAGUUAGCCUCACCAUUGGCGCUGAGUAUGACUAAGAGGUAUCGAAAGUGCUGUAAAAUCUCAUGUAUAUAUUUUCGUAAGGUAAAAUAUCUACAAUCGAAUAAGUUUUCAUACGUUUUAUUGAAGGCACGUACUACAGUAAGAAAUUUUACACACACAUAAAAUACAUUAUCACAACGCCAAACCAAGUUACAUAUAAAUAAUAUCUUCUCUGAAUAUUACUCAAUUUGUUGUAUGAAAGAACAAAGCAAGAAUAAAUGUGGAAAUAUUGUCUUGA